AUGUCACCUUUGCUGACGUGGAACUUGAUAUGUGUCAGUUCAAGGUGGUACACAAUUUUAUGUUUAAAAAAUAAAGUUAAGUUCUGGUUAGGAACAAGACUCGUCCAUGAACCAGAAUCAAUGGAGAGCAGGUCAAGUCCAUAUAUUAGACCAUCUCCAUACGCUGGAGGAGUUCAUCCACACUUUGAAGAGGAAGAUGACAGGUCAAAACUUCAUGCAUCAGCUCUCUACUCGGAACGCCGAACGUCAUCCCGGAAAUCGUUAAGAUCACAAAAAAUAGACUAUCACACAACAACAAUAAAAUCCCUUUGGUUUGAUUUUUGUGCCAGAACUUCUUCCCAUGGAAUACCAUAUGUUGCAACAUCUUCAUUUUUUGGCCGAUAUGUAUGGGCGGCACUCUUCAUGUGCAUGUUAAUGGCAUUCUUAUUACAAACCUAUUGGACAAUGUCAGAAUAUUUGCAGUAUAGGACAAUUAUUGAAAUGCAGUUGCAGUUUGAAGCUGCUGCAUUUCCCGCUGCAACAGUUUGCAAUUUGAAUGCUUUCAAAUAUAGCGAGCUCACGCAGUAUGAAGAAAUUAAAGAGGGUUUUGACUAUUGGGAACGGGUGAUAAAUGCUCGAAUGAUGAGUGACAGUAUGAAGCCAGGAGGUGAUAUUCUAGAAGCAAUCAGUGUCAGGAAAAAGCGAUCAAAAAGUCGAGAUCAAUUACUUUUUCCAAUUGAUGACGAAGACUUAGAGGGUGCAGUGUAUCAGCCAGUCUUUGUGAGAUGCACCUGUAUGAAUAUGGAACAAUGUGUACCAAAUAGGAAUCCUUUAGAGGUUAACGCCUCAAUUUGUAUGUGCUUUGAAGACGUGACACGUGGCUUAAUCUGGCCAUGCUACCCAACUUCCGUAUGGACUGUAAAAAAAUGUUCUGGUUGUUCAAUUUCCAAUACUUGUCCUGACCCGGAUGGUCCUAAUGCUUCAAAGCAAAUCGCAAAACAUAACAGUCCACUUCCAUGUCUUUGCCAAUCAAUUUCUCAUCAUUGUAUGGUACAUCCAAAGGACGAAAUCCGAUGGUGGAACCCAAACAAUUAUACAGUUUAUUCUGUAACUGAACCACCGACCACAGAAAUAACUGAAACCGAAGAAGCUUUUGGAUUGAGCGACCUCAAAGAUGCGGGAGCCAUCACAACUCAAACAAAAGAAAAUUUAAUUUUCUUAGUGGCUGCUUUACCCCGUGAAACAAGAAGGAACCUGUCAUACACCCUCAAUGAGUUUGUUCUUCGAUGUUCGUUUAAUUCGAAGGAUUGUAGUAUGGAGCGUGACUUUAAACUUCACGUUGAUCCUGAAUACGGCAAUUGCUACACAUUUAACUUCAAUGAUUCGGUGGAGUUGAAAAACAGUAGAGCUGGUCCCAUGUAUGGUCUCCGUCUAUUAUUAAACGUGCAUCAAAGCGAUUACAUGCCAACAACAGAAGCAGCAGGUGUUCGAUUAGUUGUCCAUGAACAAGAUCAAGAACCGUUCCCUGAUACAUUUGGAUACAGUGCUCCAACUGGAUUCAUUUCUUCAUUUGGUCUUAAAACGAAAGAACUACAUCGUCUCAGUGCUCCAUGGGGGAAUUGCAGUGACACAUUCCGACCGGUUCCAUACAUUUACAACGAACACUAUUCUCCUGAAGGUUGCCAUCGAAAUUGUUUCCAAUUGAAAGUACUUGAAAUAUGUGGAUGUGGAGAUCCAAGAUUCCCUCUACCAUCUGAAGAGCAUAGACAUUGUAAUGCGAAGUCAAAAAUUGAUCGUCAAUGUUUAUCAAACCUAACAAGUGACUCUGGAGGUUACCACCAUCUACACGAACAAUGUGAAUGUCGUCAGCCAUGUCAUGAAAAAGUAUUUGAGACUGCUUACUCUGCAUCUGCAUGGCCCAGUCAAAAUUUCAAAAUUGGUACCGACUGCCCCGCCGUAUCAGAUAUUUUCAACGACACUGAAGCUUGUACCGAAUAUUAUCGUCAAAACACUGCUUACAUUGAAAUUUACUACGAACAAUUGAAUUUCGAAUCGCUGAAAGAAACCGCCGGUUACACGCUCGUCAAUCUUUUCUCAGAUUUUGGAGGUAAUAUUGGAUUAUGGAUUGGAUUUUCAGUCAUUACGUUUGCUGAAUUUGCAGAACUUUUCUGCGAGAUCUGCAAACUAAUGUAUUUCAAAGGAAUAGUCUAUGUACAGAAAAAGAUGCAAGGAAAAGAAUACACAUCAUCUUCAUUAAUGCACAUUGAUUUUCUUCAACGAUCGCCUAAAAAAAGCCAACCAGGAGAAGAUGAAGUUUCAACAAAUGAAUCAACAAAGGAGUUAAUGAGCAAAUAGUUACAAUAAAAAUUCCACUAAAUUUCUAUCAGUUUUUGAUGUCGGGUAAAUUAUAUUUUAGACUUUUGUAAAUUGUUGUCUUUCUUUUUUGAGCAUUUUUUAUGACUGACAUUUGAAUAGCAGAAACUUUUUUGUAUAGGAUGAAUAAAUAUUUAAAAGAUA